AUGAUCAACAUUGCACCGUACAUUGCGAAAUACGUUCGAUCGUUACAUUCCGUGCGUGAUCCGCUAGAAAUACCAUACAUCCAAACCCAAUUUGGCGUCGUUCUCAUGGUCGAUGUCGUAGGCUUUAGCAGGUUGACAACACUCGCCACUGAAAAAGGAGCAUCCGGUGCCGAAGCGAUCGCUUUAGAGAUUGGUGCUUAUCUGGGUGAAUGCAUUCAAAUCGUCGAAUUCUAUGGUGGAGAUGUUGUAAAGUUUCUUGGUGAUGCGGUUCUUGUCAGUUUUCAGGCCCCGCCUUGUGAACCUGGUAAAAGCGAUCAUGACAUGGAUGGCAAGGAAGCAUCGUUACGUCAAAAGAGCAUCUUGGUACGACGUGCGCUUGAAUGUGGACAACAAUUGCUUGCACGAUUAUCACAUUAUCGAGUGUAUCUGACAGCAGAGGAACGCGCCAAACAUCGUACAGCAACCGGGGAUAUUGAUCGACAAUCGAAGCAUACCCAAAAGGGACAACGUUUCUUUUUAUUCGAUGGUCAAGAUUCAUCAUCAUCCAACAAUGAGCACAACAAGUAUGCACCUUCAUUGUCUCCUAGUCAAGUGAGCAGAGAUCCUGAUUCAAUGAGCAUUGAUGAAUAUCCAGAAGAAUACACAAUGGCAUUCGGCUUUUGGAGUUGUUUUCCUAUGCUACGACGCAAAGCCAAAGAUAAUCGGAUCUAUAUACGACAUAACAGCCAAUCAACAGAACCUCUCAAACGCAACAAAGACGUGGUAGACCUUGAACUCCAUAUCGCAAUGUCAUGUGGAAACAUCUCCAACAUCAUCAUUGGUGAAAUGAAUCCAAAACAUCGCACCAGCCAUGCAUCCAGUCUCAGUACCAAUAGCAACAGCAGGAAGAGCAAACGAUUCUCUACGCUAAGUAACGAGGAGAUGGAUAUCAUUGAUCAGUACUUUGUCGAAUACACGGGUCGAUUGGAAUACGCUAUUUGUGGACCUGCUGUGGAAUUGCUUGAAGAUGCAUUAUCAGCUGCCAAGGCGGGUGAAAUGAGUAUUACGGGCGAGGUGUAUCGCUUAGCAACAAAUCAGCGAUUGUCGAUAGGCUUUGAGAAACGCAACCGAUUUUACAUUGUGCACAAUAAGGAGACCGAUGAUCAUCAUAAUCGCCGUGGUGUACCUCCAUCCGUCAACAGUAUGCGAUAUCACAUGGGCGUUGCCAAUGCAAGUACGGGUUAUCUUGCCAAUUUGCCUGUUGAAUUGAAGAGGCAAGCGUCUCAGCUCAAUGUUGAACCUUUGGUCCCACGUGCACGCAACCCAGAAUACAUGGAUAUGUAUGAUAACAACAAUCCCGUUUAUUACAAGUACAUCAAUCGCAGCACGCUCUAUCGAUUACAACAUUCUCCAGACAGCAAUUUUCCAGCACAAUUUCGAGAUGUCACGAUCAUGUUUGUCAGCUUUGGAAAACUCAAUGUUGCUACAACCACCGGACUUGCUAUUGUACAAAAGGCGUUUGUAUGUGCCAUUGAUAUCCUUGUUAAAUAUGAAGGCAUGGUCCAACAAUUUGCUGUGGAUGAUAAAGGACCCACUUUGCUUGCCGUCUUUGGUCUUCCUCCUCUAUCCCAUGAACGAGAAGCUGUGUUUGCGGCAAAAGCGGCUGUUGAGUUGCGUGAUGCGUAUCGUAAAUUGGAUCUACCAGACUUUGCGAUUGCCCUUUCCACAGGAAUGAUAUUCAAUGCGGUGCUUCCUCCACGUAAUCCUUAUCGUCGUGAUCCCAGUAUUUGUGGUGACACCAUUGUGAUGGCCGUGCGUAUGCUCAAAUUCCCUUUUGCAACAAAAAACGUCGUGUGCGAUGCAUCCACCAAACAUCAGAUCCGAGGUCUUUGCGACUUUGAAGACAAGGGCGAGAAUUUCGUCAAAGGCAAGAUCAAGCCUAUCCAGAUCUAUAGCAUUGAACGAUUCGGCCAUGGUGGUAGACCCAAGCGCAUUUCGCUUCAAGAAAAGGAAGAGGAUAGCCAUACCGAUUUUAUCGGCUACAGUUCAGAGAUGGCACGCGCUACACGCUUUAUUGCUGAUUGGAACGAAGCACAAAAUCAUCACGUACUCGUCAUCUCAGGGCCAUCAGGUGUAGGAAAGAGCUUCUUUUGCCAUGCAUUGAAUCGAAAGAUAACAUCCACUGAAGACGUAUUUUCAUGUUGGGCAUCAUCCACUGAAGUUGAGAAGGGCUCCAAGUAUUAUCUCAUCAAGAAUCUCCUCAUCUCACUGUUUGAAUUGAUCGACUCGGACAAGAUCCCACAAAACACAAAGCAGCAUUCGAUUGGGAAUCACCUUCCAAAUACACCCUUGGUUGCACCAUCACGUGCAGGUGAUCGCACAUCGACAGCAUCACAACUUUCGGCUUUGAGCAAUCGGGAAUCAUUACGGCGCUUGGAAUCUUAUUCAUCCCAUCAUGCAAGUUCUCCGCAUCUCACCGAUUUCAGCAACGAGUUGACUGAAUUAAUUACUCGAUGCCUUGGCAAGUGUGGCGAGGAUGAGAGUUUGUUGCCACUAUUCAAGUCUGCAUUUACUACACUAGGCGAAGUGCGUGAAAACAAGUAUACGUCGAGAUUGGAUGGUCGUGCUCGUGAUAUUCUUUUGGCUGGUGUCAUAUCAAGGAUGAUCCGCUAUACCUGUGAACAUGUUGGCUUUGUUUUCAUUUGUGAUGAUGUCCAAUGGACUGAUUCUGCAUCCAUUCGUGCUUUGAAGCACAUUCACGAACAAUGCCAGCGAUUCUUGCUCAUUAUGGCCACUCGUACCAUACGUGACUACAACCUUACCUUUCUCAAUGACUUUGCCAAGGUUGGAUCUUAUGAAGAAAUUGCCUUGAAUGGACUCGGAGCAGAUGAAAUUGGAGAAAUCAUUGUUCAAGCUUUCCAAAGUGGGGUUAAACGAGUGAGCCCCGAGAUUGUGCGAGUGUUUCAGAAAAGAACAGGAGGCAACCCGCUUUUCGUAAAGAACAUGGCUAUUGUUCUCAAGGACUUUAACAGUGAUGUCAGUGUUAUGGAUGGCGAGCUGGUGACUACAAGCAGCGAGUUUGAUCUUGAAGAUCUCUUGGUCAAUUUCGAUUAUAAGCGGAUCAUCAAAAUGCAAUUCGAUCGCCUUGAUGCCAACUUUCAAGAAUUCUUGACGGCUGCAAGCUGCUUGGACCAGUAUUUCACCAUUCAGGAGGUUGCCGCAAUUGUUGACACGGCAAAGAAUGCAAUCUUUCGAGAUCCUGAUAUCGCCGAUAUACCGAGCCGGAUUCGUGCCUAUGACACAUAUCGAUUCUUGCAACAAGUUGACAGCCCUACGCUACAUGACAGUGGCUUGAUCGUGUAUACAUUUGCACAUAUCACAAUCCCUGAAAGCAUCUAUGCCAUGGUGCCCUAUGAAUCACGUGUUGAGCAGCAUCAGCGUCUUGCAAAGUACUAUGAAGCUCAGCUUAAUCGAGACAACUUUUCCGAUCUUUUAUCCAAGGUCACUCGACAUUACAUGAAAACGGAUGCGCUUGGAAAGCAAUUGUACUACUUGGAACGCUUGGCCGACGUCAACAUUAGAUCCUACUUUUUACCUGAAGCAACCGACAAUCUCAAGGCCAUUGUAAAGAUCUUGUGUGACAAUCAAGACAUUGCAGCACGUUUUGGAAGGAUUCAUCAAAGCGACAUUUAUCGACGACUUGGCAUGUGCUAUACAAUGCGUACCAAAUUGAAUGAAGGGGAGCAAUAUCUUUUCUUGUCAUUGGAUGUUCUUGGUGAACCAUGGCCACGAAGUGAGCUCGAAUUCUUUUACAAGCUUUGGAUGAAUCGUGUGAUACAGCAUCAACAUCGACGAUGGGGCACUUUACACAAGUACAAAAACUCGAGGAAACGAGCUGUGUGGCGACGUGUUGUGGAAAUGAUGGUGCAGCUAUCCAACAUUUACUUUUACAAGGGCAAAGGACGUGCCUUUGUCUAUACGUGCUUGAUUGGUCUAAAUGCAUGCGAACGACUCGGGGAGACUGGAUCUAUAUACACCUUUUUUCUUGCACGCAACGCAUUGAUCUGCUGGAUCAACGACCAAAAGGAUCACAGUAUCUUUUACAUUACUCAAGCAAUUCGACACAUGGAUGAGAAGCAUGAUGCUGGUACAUUGACAAUAUGCUCCAUGCUUUGUUUUGCAGCGGGUAAGUUUAGCAACGCAAGUGAACUAUUGUAUCAAUCCAUCGAAGCUGUCAAGACGCUUGGUGUUAUCACUGAUUGCCAAUCAUUUUAUCGAUCCGUGGGUCUCGUGAUUACGAUGCGGAUAUUUGAAGGCACGCUCAACAACUCGACAAGUGAUCUGCUGCUACUCAAGCAAAUGGCCGAUACCGCCCAUGCCAAUGGUGAUAGCGAAGCUGAGAUUUGGUUGGGUGUUUACAAUGUCGGCAAUGCCAUCGUGAUGGAUCGAUUGAAUGAUUGUGAGGCGCAUGUUGCACUUUUGGAAGCACACAUCAUCCAUGCAGCUGAUUACAACAAGAUUGCUAUCCAUGGAACAUUGCUUUGUUAUUACGCACGAGAAUCCAAAUUUACCUACGCCCAGGAGCAUGUGAGACAUCUCGUCAACAUUUUGCCAUCAUUGACUGUAACGCCCAACAUCUUCCCGAUCUUUGGCCUUAUCUUUGCCACCAUGGGUCUAUACCGAAUGAUUGAAGAGGAUGAAGGAGACUUGAUUACCGAUGAUGAUGGUGGCUAUGAUCAAUUCAAUUUAGGCGUAGCACGUAUCAACCAUGCUUUCCAGCAAGUCAAGUUUUGGGAAUUUACACAGCCAUGUCUAUACCUUGCACGUGCGCUCCCUUACAUCAGCACCGGAAGAACAGUGGAAGGCUAUUUGGUACUUCGACAUGGCAUUUAUGAAAUGCAUUUUAUUCAAGAGAUUUCCUUCCUUAAAGCUUAUUACUGGGCUAAUCUCGGGAAGUAUGCUUUCACACCUAGCGAUCGAAUCGACUGGACCGAGAGGGCACGCGUUGACUUGGACGCACUUUCAAUUCCAUCACAUGUAUAUUGCAAUCCUGAUCCUGCUAAUUGCUAUUCACGUUCCAAGAAGGCUGAUCUUCGUGCUUAA